UGGACACACCUUUCAAAAGACCCCAAAUCGUGCUCCGUGCACCUCAAACACUCCUUUCCUUUGGGCCCUCCCCCUCGCCCUGACUUGCCUCCUCUCAACUACAAGAUUCAGCCUCUCCCCAAGGAGUUGAGCAUCCUCGAGGUUUCCUACUCUUAACUGCUCCGUCCCCGGAUGGAGCCAGAGAAAUGUGGUGGGGGGGCCGGGGCCAGAGUUUCAACAUCGCCCCCCAGAAGGAGGAGCCAGAGAUGGGGCUCUCCGGACCAAAGUCUGUUCAGGGGAGUUGGAUGCCGGAGCGCAGGAGUCGUCAGCUUGGCAGUUGCAUGUCCUCUGGAUGCCUCCCAGGGGAACAGAUCCUAGCAUGGGCCCCAGGGAUGAGGAAGGGGCUGGAACCUGAAUUGCCUGGAACCCUGAUCUGCACCAACUUGAGGGUCACCUUCCAGCCCUGUGGAUGGCAGCGGAGUCAGGAGACUCCCCUGAGCAGUGAAUAUGAUUUUGCCCUGGUCAACGUUGGGCGAGUAGAGGCUGUAAGUGGCCUGUCCCGAAUCCAGCUCCUCCGUCCAGGGUCCCUGCUUAAAUUUAUUCCUGAGGAGAUUCUGAUUCACGGCCGAGACUUCCGGCUGCUCAGAGUUGGUUUUGAGGCUGGAGGACUAGAGCCUCAGGCCUUUCAGGUGACCAUGGCCAUUGUCCAAGCCAGAGCUCAGAGCAGGCAAGCCCAACAGUAUGCAGGGAUAACCCUGAGCAAGGCUGGCCAGAGGUCUAGCUCCAGAAAACCACCUAUUCCCCUCUUGGAGAUAUUAGAAGACUGGGAGACUGAGCGGAAAAAGCAGGGGGCCAAGGGCUGGAGGGUCAGCACCGUCAAUGAGAGGUUCGACGUAGCCACCAGCCUCCCCCGUUACUUCUGGGUCCCUAACCAAACUCUGGAUAAUGAGAUCAGGAGAGCAUUUGGCCACUUCCAUCAGGGCCGUGGACCGCGCCUGUCCUGGCAUCACCCUGGCGGCAGUGAUCUUCUCCGCUGUGGUGGCUUCUAUACAGCCAGUGACCCUAACAAGGAGGACAUCAGAACAGUGGAGUUGAUGCUCCAGGCUGGGCAUUCAGAUGUUGUCCUGGUAGACACAAUGGAUGAGCUGCCUAGUCUUGCAGAUGUCCAACUUGCUCACUUGAGGCUGAGGGACCUCUGCCUACCUGAUUCAUCUGUAGCUGAGGAUAAAUGGCUCUCAGCCCUGGAAGGAACACGAUGGUUGGAUUAUGUCAGGUCUUGUCUUCGAAAGGCCAGUGACAUUUCAGUCCUAGUGACAUCCAGGGUUCGCUCUGUAGUACUUCAAGAGCGCGGUGAUCGUGAUUUCAAUGGCCUCCUCUCUUCACUCGUCCAGCUGCUUUCAGCCCCUGAAGCCCGAACACUGCUUGGCUUCCAAUCACUAGUGCAGCGAGAGUGGGUGGCAGCUGGACAUCCUUUCCUGACCCGACUUGGGGGAACUGGGGCCAGUGAAGAGGCCCCAGUGUUUCUCCUUUUCCUUGAUUGCGUCUGGCAGCUCCUCCAGCAGUUUCCAGCUGAGUUUGAAUUCUCUGAGUUUUUCCUUCUUGCUCUUCAAGACAGUGUCAGGGUUCCUGACACCCUUACAUUCUUGAGAGACACUCCCUGGGAGCGUGGAAAGCAGAGUGGACAGCUCAACUCCUAUACACAAGUCUAUACCCCGGGGUACUCCCAGCCCUCAGCUGGGAAUUCUGUUAACCAAAAGCUGUCUGUCUGGGACUGGGAUUUACGCUACAGCAAUGAACAGAUACUACAAUUCCAUAAUCCUGGCUAUGACCCAGAACACUGCCCAGGUUCCUGGCUCCCUAGACAGCAGCCAAGCUUCAUGGUUCCUGGACCCCCCAGUUCUGUGUGGCUCUUCUCUAGAGGGGCCCUGACCCCCCUGCAUCAGCUCUGCCCUUGGCGGGACAGUCCCUCCCUGCUUGCAGUCUCUUCUCGUUGGCUCCCUCGACCUGCCAUCUCCUCAGAAAGUCUGGCUGAUCAGGAGUGGGGGCUCCCUUCACAUUGGGGAGCUUGCCCUUUACCACCAGGGCUGUUGCUGCCUGGAUAUCUCGGACCCCAGAUCAGGCUCUGGAGACGCUGCUACCUGAGGGGAAGGCCUGAGGUCCAGAUGGGCCUCUCAGCUCCCACAGUCUCUGGCCUCCAGGAUGAGCUAUCCCAUCUUCAGGAGCUAUUAAGGAAAUGGACACCAAGAAUAUCUCCUGAGGAUCACUCCAAGAAAAGAGAUCCAAACACCAUUCUCUCCCAAUCCUGUUGAAACUGCUGGCUUCCUCAUGGGCAGGGCAGAGGGCAUCUGAGAUGAUGGAGGGUUCCCUCUAAUCUUUCAGUUUUUCUUAUCUAGUCAUGCUGCCUCAGCUUUCACACUCCAGCCCUUAACAAGCUCACAGACUUGAGCUUUCAUUGCAGAUGUGUGGUGCUAACCUUCUCCAACUCUUGUCCUCAUUUGUUUCUUGUGAUUUGAAGAAUUAAGAAACAAUCCAGAGUAUGAUCGCCUCUUUUUUUCAGGGAAAUUGCAUGCCUUUUGGAUAUCCAACUGUUAAAUUGUGAGAUCAGAGAUGCUGUUCAGCAGUCCCAAGAUGGCCUACAGACUUCAUUCAUCACCUCCUCUUGCAGCUUCUUUAAUUCCAGUUUCUAUUUCUUCCUUUAUGGUUUUCUAUGGGCAUGGGGUGGAUAUGGGAGACACCCUGUCUCUUCCAAUUGUGUAUUUUUGUAGUGACAUUUCUAUUAAGGAGUUCAUUAAAGCACAGUAUUUAUACACA